AUGGCUGCAAGAUUUUUAAGAGAUUUUGAACCACAACAUGCUCUUCGAAUACUAGAUGAGUUAGCACCAUCACAACAAAUGAGAAAACCAAUUGAAAGUUUUGAUGCUAUACCGGUUGUUUCACUCGAAGACACAGUUGAGCCAUUAGUUUCACUUGUUCCCAAAGUCAAAGAAAUGGACAAAUAUUUACUUGGUGGGGAUUUUCAUCAUGAACAAUUUCUUGGAAAAGCAGGUGAUAAAACUCUCUUCAAUAUUGAUUAUGAAUCUGUUGUUUCAUGUCUUGAUUCUAGAAACGGUCUUUUUAUUAUUCAAACGAAAGAAGUCGAAUCAGAUUAUCCUCUAUUAAGAUCAUCAUGUGGAAAAAAUUCAACAUCUCAACAAAACAAUACUCGUGAAACAAGUUCUCAUUCAAUCUCGUCUGAUUAUCAUAGUUCAGGACCAUCUAAAGGUCCAAUACCACCGAAAUCUCCCCCAGGACCCGCGCAUCCAAAUAUGUUUCACCCUCCACAUGCAGGUGAGAGUCUUAAAAUGAUUCGCAAUUUAGUGAAAUGUAUAUGGCAGAAAUUUCUUGAAUUAAAUCUAUACAAAAAACAUUCAAGUAAUGAACAUACUCUUGAAAAAGAAUUUCUUGCCACUCGUAUUUAUGUGAUUGCAUUAAUUGUAUGUGUAUCUAUCAUUACUAUUGCUGUUGCACUUAUCGUUCGACCUGUUGACAAAAUUGAAUAUAAACCUUCACAUGAGAAGUUUUCACAAUUAAUUCGAAAGUAUCCGAAUACUCUUCGUUGUCCAUGUUCAAAAUCUUCAACAAACUAUGCGAAAUUCGUCACUACUAAAGUUAGUUUUCAUCAAGUUUGUUCAAGUGAAUUUAUUCAACAGACAUGGAUUGAGAAAUUAUUUACAAAUGAAAAUAUUUCAAGCGAAUCUAUCGAUGAUGCUCGUAUUACUCUUAGUUUUUUUUGGCAAACAAUUGCUGGUUUAUGUAUAGCAAGUAACAAAAGCUGGAAUGAUGUUCUUGCAAAUUUUGAAGGUACAAGUUUUAUCACUCCUACAGCAGUUGCUGAACAAGUUAUUCGAACUCAGGCUGAAAACGCUCUUCAAAAUCAAAUAGAUCUAUCGAAAACAAUAUCAACUCGUAAUUUACUUGCUCUUCAACGUAUAACACGUGGAAAUCAAGUUGUAUCAGCUUUACAAACAAAUUUCUAUUUACGUUAUCCACCAGCACGUUUAAAUCUACCAAAAUCUGCAAAAAUGAUAGCUCGAACAUUUGGUAAUUGUAGUUGUUUAAAUAUUGAAGGCUGCCCACGAUCUGCUACAUUUAAUGAUAGUUAUGGUCAUUUAACUAAUGUACCAGGAAUGAUAGUAGAUUGUUUAAUUGUUGACGGUACACUUGCCUCAACACUUGAAUGUUAUUAUAAUCAAUCAUGCAUUUCAAUUUUACAUGGACAGUUAUCAAUGAAUAUUAAACCAUUAUCAAAUACAUCGAAUAAAAAUUUUUCUAUGUAUUCAACAGUACAAUUUAUCUUCAAUAAAUCAAUGAUAGAUGACACAAUAACUGAAAUUCGAUUUGAUAAAUAUUUUUCAGAAUGUAAUUGUCCUUUUUGCUCAUAUUCAUAUAGCAGACGUUUUGACAUUUUUUUUAUGUUCACGGCUGUUACUGCCUCUAUUGGUAUAUUGCCAGUAAUCAUACGACACAUUGCAUCUUUUAUUGCAACAAUGAUUUUACGUCGAAAAAAUCGAAUUUUACCAAUGGAAAAUGUGUCAGCUAUAACGUCUAUGGAACACAAUCGAAAGCAACGUAUACAACUUCGCAUUCGACUUUUAUUAAAUAAAUUAUGGCAAGCAAUUGUAUCUUUAAAUCUUUUUGAAAAACAAACACAUCGUACACCUACUAACAUUUAUCGAGAACAACUUCUAACAAGAUUUUUCAUUUUUGGCAUUGUUAUUUUAUCAAUUGCUGCUGGACUAUACACUAUUGUUAUAGAGCAAAAUCAAGUGAUAACAAUUCAAGAUCCAUCUCUUGAUACUUAUGAACAAUUGUAUAAGGAUCAUCCAACCACAUUAUAUUGUCCUUGUUCACAAAUAUCCAUUUCCAAUGAAGUUUUUCUUAAUGUAACAUUUGUAUUACAUCAAGUCUGUUCAAGUGAUUUGGUUUCAUUAGAAUGGUUACAUUAUCUGAUAUCUUUUGAUCCGACUCAUCUGCCGCUCGAUAUUAACUUCAAAAAUGCUGAAGAUUUUCGUAAAAUGGGUGUUUCUUAUUUUCAACUUUUAGCUGCUUUUUGUUCAUUAGCUGAAGCGAACAUUGCAGACGCACAGCAUGUAUUUAUUAAUACUAAAUUUAUUAACGAUCGUGUUCCUUCUGAAUCACGUUUUACUCAACAAACUGGAGCUAUGCUUACUACAUUUAUUGAUACAACAAUCAAUGAUUUUGUACAAACAUUUAAUUGGACGAAACUUCUUUUUCUUUAUAGUCCUCUUUACAAUGGACUGAAUACAAACGUUCUUAUAAAUAAAAGCAAUGAUGGUCAAGUAGUUGCUGAAUUUCGUGAAUAUCUUAUAGUAAUUGUCGCAUCAGACGGCUCUCCACAGCUUGUGCACCACUGCACUUGUGGAUCAGAGCCUAAUUUCUGCUAUGCAAUCCCCGUAUUAUAUAUGAAUACAUCAUAUCUUGACAAUAUUUAUAGAAAUUUAUUAUUCAAAAUAUUAUAUCUUGGUUGUUCACCUUUAAGUGGGUUUCUCAUGUCAAGAACGGAAUGGUGGUACGAUAUCACAUAUAUGAAACAUAUUCAUGCAACUUAUUCCAUGACUAAUCAUACUCGACCUCCACCAAAUAUCAAACCUCUUAACGCAUCUAUAUCGACUCAAUUUGAUGAUCCCAAAACAGAAGAUUUACUUGAUAAAAUGCUACUCGAAAAAACAAUCAAUAAUACAGACUUCGAUAGAUUUUAUAACGCAUGUAAACCUAGUUUUUGCUCAUAUACCGUUGUUCAACGUCGCCAUUACAUUGUGAUAAUAUUUCUUCUUAUUUCGAUCUGCAGUGGUCUAAACAAAGGUCUUCAACUACUUGUUCCACUAAUUGGUAAAAUCAUUUUUAUUUGUUUUGAUUGGAAAAGAAAUCGAAAUACUCAGCGAGGAUCAUCUUCAAUCGGUGUUCGUUUUAGAAACUUUCCACGUAUUAUCUAUGAUAAAAUUGAAAAUUUUAACAUCUACGAAACAGAAUUAAAUGAUAACACUCAUAUUCGUCAACAACAAAUUCAUACAAGAGUUUAUCUAUUUCUUUACGUAAUUUUACUCAGUAUUGUACUAUUUUAUACAAUUCUGGUCGAACGUCGUAUUAGUAAAACAGAUUUUCCACAUUCGAUUGAUGAAUAUGAACAAUUAUUAAGCCUCUAUUCAGAUGAUAUCAGUUGUCCAUGCACAUAUACAUCAAUUCCUUAUGGUAGUUUUAUCACUGAAUUACAACGUAUUCCAAUAAUUAUAUUUGCAGAUAUAGCAAAUUUUAUAACUGGAUCACCGAUCUACGGUGAAGACUACUCACUUUGGGGGAAAUCUUUCAUAGAAUCCUUGGAACAACUUUGUUCUUUGACAAAAGACAAUGUUAACAAGAAUAUUAACGUAUUUCUUGCCUCAACUUUGUUUACCAAUCAACUAAUGUUUGAAAGUCUAUUUAACACUGAAAUGGAUGAAAUACUAAGUCAAUUCAAAAAUAAAACAAAAACUACAUUUGCGCAUAUGUUAGACUUUAUUCGUUCAGCUAUCCAAGGAAAUGCUUUACUACAUAUAACUACAGACGCUUGGAGUUUAGUUGCAGUUAAAACAGAUGAUAAAAGCGAUACUAAUUUCCUCAAUGUCCCUGUUACGCGUAACAACACACAAGAGAAUACAAGUUGUUCAUGUGUUACUUUACGAACAUGUCGAAUACCACGACAAGUAAAGAUAGAUGGUGGUUCGAUUCCUAUUGAUGGUUUAGUUAUUGGUUGUCAUCAACUUGAAACACUACUUUUCUCAUCUUUAACUUGUUUCUAUUUCGUCGACUGCAUUAACAUCCUUCGAAAGGCUUUUUACACAAAAUCGGUAAUGAUGAAUCAAUCUAUCGGAUUGAAUGCUCAAAGAACACGAUUCUCUGUGAAUGAUACUGUUGAAAACAUAGCAUAUGAAAUGUUUAUCGAAUCAUGGUCCACUAAUAAAUCCUAUGAACGAUAUUUUAAUAGUUGCUCUCCAAGUUAUUGUAUUUAUACAUAUUAUCAAAAAUCUGAUGCAUUAGAAAUAUUAACAACAUUUUUGAGUGCAUCAGGUAGUUUAUCAAUUGCCGUUUACUUUAUCGUACCUUAUCUUGUUAAAUUAAUUAAGAAAAUUUUAAUUUGCUUUCGAACUACUCAACAACAAUGA